UACCAGUGACGGCAGUGACGGCAGUAAGAGACGGGACAGCGGCACUCCCCUGUGAAGUGUCUCACCCUUCAGACGAUGACAUCAUUCUCCUACUAUGGUUUAGGGAGCCACUUACUACCCCAAUAUAUAGGCUUCACCAACAAGGGCAGGAAGAGGUGAGUCAUUGGUCGGACGAGGAACAGCUGGGGUCACGAGCCACCCUGGACAUGACCUCUGACCCUGCCCUUCUCAACGUGACCUCCCAAAGCUGACCAGGGCCUCUACACCUGUCGGGUAGACUUUAAGCUUAACCCCACCAAGACCACCAGAGUUAACCUUAC